AUGUCACCACCGAAGCCCAAGGUCGUGCUUCUCGCACUGUCAAAGCUACCAUCGUUCGACAUCAUGCAUAGCAAACUACUUGACGCUCUCCGCUCCAACACCAGCCUUCUCGAAGUCACGACCGAAGGCGCAGCAGAUAUACUGCUCAACGGCAUCGCGCGACCAAUCGUGCUCGUCGUUGAUUCAGCUCUCACCGAAGAACAAUUCGCUAGUCAACGAGCAGCGGCCAUAUCAUUCGUCCACCGUGGAGGGACACUCAUCUUUGUGUGCGACUUCGUCAGCAAUACCUCUUUCUCGGACAUGACCCAGCUCUUCGCGGACUUCUCCUUACCUUGGACAGCCGAUAGCAGUCAUCGCAAGGUCAACCACGUCAAUGCUGCUGCACUUCAAAUGGACACGUCCCGACUGUUGCCCUUCUACAGCCCCAAAGCUGUCCUUCUCGCCAAGGUCCAGCCCAGCAACAUCAUCUAUUCGGCAACUUCUCGUACCGAUGAGAUGGUAUAUAUCCCGGAACCGGUCAACAACCAAAGCUUGACAUCGACUGCGUUGGGUAAGGUCGGUCGAGGUCGAGUGGGAUAUGUGGGUGAUGUCGGUCGUCAGGGAGGGACAUUGCAAGUGAUCAUGACUAUGUGCGGGUUGAGGGACAGGUAG